CAUCCCAGUCUCACCCGGUCUUCUUCAGGAGCCUCUGCUUUCGGGAUUGUCCCCUUUGUGGCUCGGCUUGGGACAGAGCCUCAGAUCAGAGGACACCUGUGGCCUUGGAUUUUAACCUCAGUGAUGGGAAAACUUGAAAAUACUUCCUGGAUCCACGAUCCUCUCAUGAAGUACCUGAACAGCACGGAGGAGUACCUGGCUCACCUCUGCGGACCCCGGCGCAGCCACCUCUCCCUCCCAGUGUCUGUGGCCUAUGCGUUGAUCUUCGUGGUGGGGGUGAUGGGCAAUCUUCUGGUGUGCCUGGUGAUCCUCCGACAUCAGACCUUGAAAACACCCACCAACUACUACCUCUUCAGCCUGGCUGUCUCAGACCUGCUGGUGCUGCUCUUUGGGAUGCCUCUGGAGGUCUAUGAGAUGUGGCACAAUUACCCCUUCCUGUUUGGGCCGGUGGGCUGCUACUUCAAGACCGCCCUCUUCGAGACUGUGUGCUUUGCCUCCAUUCUCAGUGUCACCACGGUUAGCAUAGAGCGCUAUGUGGCCAUCGUCCACCCGUUCCGAGCCAAGCUGGAGAGCACGCGGCGCCGGGCCCUCAAGAUCCUCAGCCUGGUCUGGGGCUUCUCUGUGAUCUUUUCUUUGCCCAACACCAGCAUCCAUGGCAUCAAGUUCCAGCACUUUCCCAAUGGGACCUCCGUGCCCGGCUCUGCCACCUGCACAGUCACCAAGCCCAUGUGGGUGUACAACUUCAUCAUCCAGGCCACCUCAUUCCUCUUCUACAUCCUCCCGAUGACCCUCAUCAGCAUCCUCUACUACCUCAUGGGGCUCAGACUGAAGAAAGAUGAGUCCCUUGAGGCAGACAAAGUGACUGUGAACAUUCAUAGACCCUCCAGAAAAUCAGUCACCAAGAUGCUGUUUGUCCUGGUCCUUGUGUUUGCUAUCUGCUGGACCCCCUUCCAUGUGGACCGGCUCUUCUUCAGCUUCGUGGAAGAGUGGACUGAGUCCCUGGCUGCUGUGUUCAAUCUCAUCCACGUGGUAUCAGGCGUCUUCUUCUAUCUGAGCUCAGCUGUCAACCCCAUUAUCUAUAACCUCUUGUCGAGACGCUUCCGGGCAGCCUUUCAGAAUGUCAUCUGUCCUUCCUGCAAAUGGUGCCAUUCCCAGGAUCUCCCACCAGGACCUCCAGCCCAGAAGAUCAUCUUCUUGACAGAAUGCCACCUUGUGGAGUUGACAGAGGAUGCAGGCCCCCAGUUCCCCUGUCAGUCAUCCAUCUACAACUCACACCUCUCCACAGACCGUUGUGCUGGGCAGGUACCAUGAAGGGAGUGGUCAGAAGGCCACUUCAGAAGGCCUGGAUUCUGUGGAUUGGCAUCCCUGUAGCUCCAGCACCGUAGGAGGGACUUCCUGUCACCUGUGCCUCCUGUGUGCCAUUAGGAAGAUAACAAGAUUCUUAGAUCCCAUGUACACCAUGCUUUUAUUAAUGUAAAACUCCAGACUUCAUUCUAGGUCACAAUGCAGACAUUGGUGAUUUAUACAUUCCAUCUUUCUGUAUGGUGAGUUUUCAUAACUGUGAUUGCAAUAUGCCACGUGAGUCCUACUUAAAGACACUCUCAUAACAGUUGAGUUUAACAGAGUGAAGCAUUACAGAGAAGCUAAGCAGCACAGCACAGUUAUCCCAACCUCCAAAGCCAGGACUCAUAAGAAACUACUGGUGGUGAGCCAGCGACUAGCUCAGAACCGCUCGCUAAAGCUCACCCCUCCAAUAGUUAGGACUUUUGCAAGCUUGUUAUCGAAUGAGCGAUGACUUGAAAUCAGUCAUAGUAGAAAUAUUUAUGCUACAGAAAUUAACAAGCUCUCUAAAUCAGGGCUAAAUAAUUUUUAUCCCCUGGAGAGCUGGCCCAUGAGCAGGUGGAGAGCUAUUAAUAAGCUGGCAUUUUGCCAGCUUGCUGCGAUCUGUGUGACUUGUUUUUAGAACAAAUGCUGGUAAUGCUGUAAUUAUGGACUACUUAGAGUUGUGGUUAACUCUGAAAAGAAUGCUAUGGACUAGAUUUUUUUUUUAAAACCUAGAGUUCCUAGAUGAAAAAUAAGAAAAAAACUGCUAAUUAAGCCAUGGAAGCAGCAUCAGCAUUUUACAAUUAACCUAGAGUCGAAAGAUUAUUUUUGGAUGCCAUCCAUUAACAUUAGUGCAGGAGACGACAAUGGAUCCAGUGCUAUUUCCCAUCACACAUCUGUAUUUACAGAGUCCACACGGUGUGUUGUCAAAACCGGUAGAUUUUUUUAUAUUCUCUACUUGGCUGCAAACUUAUUUUCUUCUUAACAAGUAGGAACAGUGAUAAGUGGGUUAAAGGUUCUCAUCACCAAGGCUGAGGACCUGAGUUCAAUGCCUGAAACUCACACGGUGGAAGGAGAGAACUGACUCCUUCACAAGCUGUCUUCUGACCUCCAAACAUGCACUAUGGCAUAUGUUCUCCACACACCCCUACACACACCACACUAAACAAAUUCAUAUAAAAAAAUUUGAAGAUGUUAUAAAUCCGUAGUGUGGAAGCUAACAACUAUACCAUCUUCUAGAAGCCCUGCAAAUCAAAAUCAUAGACAAAGCAGCCUUGAAUCCCUUCCUAUCCUUUUCCAUCCACAGUAGAUGACUGAAUGCCACGUGGACUCCACUUCUGACCCCUACCUGUGGAACAUGAUGGAAGCAUUUUCAAGGCAAGGGCAUUUUUAGAAGUUUUGACUGAUUUAUGAAUGGGAUAGAUAUUGUAGGCUAUACCUACAAUAUACUGAUUUCACCACUGUGCAAAACAGACUGUUAACUUAGAGAGUUAGAAUGAUGGACGAGUCUGGCAAAGAAAGCCAGGGACUAUAGGACAGAGAGAAGCAAGGGCUGGAGAGAUGGCUCGGUGGACAAAGACACUCGUGGGCCAGCCUGAUGAUCUGAGUUCCAAUGGUUGAGGAAGAAACCCGACACCUGAAGCUGUUCUCCGCCCCCCAUGUAUCCACCAUGACUUGUGUGGCAGCACCCCCUUCACACACACAACAAUAAAAUUAUUUUUUUAAAAAAAGCAUUUACCCUUUCAAGCACAUACAAUGUCCGUAUACCACGAAAUCACAUAGAGGCAUAGAUAAGAAUGUUUGUUAGUAAAUAGUCAUUUUGAAGAUAGACCUUAAAAAGUUUGAUAGGACACACUUAUUUGAAUAUUUUUCACAACAGACAGACUAUCUUUUAUCAACACUUCGUUUUGUUUUAUAAACACUGAAAAUUUUAGGUCCUAGCUCUGACAACCAAUUCUUCAGUAAUAAAAUGGAAUAAACACUGUCCUGUGGACGGACGUUCAUGUGUUCUCUUCACUCGCUGUUUCUCCCACCUU